AUGAAGGGAUCUAUUUUCGCCGCCGCCGCCUUGGUCGGCUCUGCCAUGGCCGACGGUGUUCACCGUCGCCAUGACGCUUUCCACCAGCGUCGUGAGGCCUCCGCCAGCGUCUGGUCCUCCUCCGUCCCUGCCGCCGAGGAGACCUGCGGCUGCACCACCAAGGUCAUCACCUACUACGGUGACGCUACCCUGGUCCCCUCCACCAGCACUCUCACCAGCACUGUGCACUCUACCAGCACCAGCACCUUGACCGUGACUGUCUCGGGCGCUUCCUCGGCCCCCCCUUCCUCGGCCCCGGUUGCCUCCAGCACCGCCGUUGCUAGCACUCCCGCCGUUGAGCUGCCCACUCCCGGUGUCAGCACCUUCUCCACCACCGGUGUCUACACCAUCCCGGCCACCACCAUCACCGUCCACGACACCACCACUGUCUGCGGUGCCACCUCCACUGAGGUCCCCAGCGGUACCCACACCUACGGUGGUGUUACCACCGUCGUCGAGACUGCCACCACUGUCACCUGCCCUUACGCCACUGUCAAGCCCUCCGGCAGCACCGUGACCAGCGUCAUUGAGACCACCACCUACGUCUGCCCCACCGCUGCACCGUUCUGGUCUACCCCACCCCCCCACACCAUUGUUCCCGGUACCUACACCCAGGACGAGAACGUUGUCACUGUGACCCGCACCGACUUCACCUACGUCUGCCCUGUUGCCACCAGCAGCCUGGCCUCGACCUCCGCCGCUGCUGUCCCCACCACCGUUGCUGCUACUACCACCACUGCCGCUCCCGUUGUCACCAGCACCAGCUCCGCCUCUAGCGUUGUUGCCUCCAGCUCCUCCACCACCUCCGCUGCUACCUCCACCGAUGCCCCCACCGUCCUCGGUGAUGGCCAGUACGGUAUGACUUACUCUCCCUACACCUCUGGUGGUGAGUGCAAGACCAAGCAGGAGGUUCUGUCGGACCUUAAGGUCAUCAAGGGCAAGGGCUUCAACCUGGUCCGCGUCUACUCCACCGACUGCAGUGGUCUCGAGUUCAUCGGUGACGCCUGCAAGGAGCUCAGCCUCAGCAUCAUCAUCGGUGUCUACAUCGACGGUUCCGGUAUCUCCGCCGCCCAGGAGCAGGUCACUGAGAUCUCCAAGUGGGCCGAGUGGGACAUGGUCAAGCUGAUCGUUGUCGGUAACGAGGCCAUCCAGUCCGGCUACAUCGAUGCCACUGCCCUGUCCUCCUUCAUCAAGACCGCUUCCUCCAGCUUCAAGGCUGCCGGCUACACCGGUGUCAUCACCACCACUGAGCCCAUCAACGUCUGGCAGCAGUACGGCGCUGCCUCCCUUUGCAGCGCUGUCGACAUCGUCGGUGCCAACAUCCACCCCUUCUUCAACGCCGAUGUCACCGCCGAGAAGGCCGGUGAGUUCACCAAGGGUGAGUUCGAGGAGCUCGAGAAGAUCUGUGGUGGCAAGGACGUCAUCAACCUCGAGACCGGCUGGCCCAACGCCGGUAGCGCUAACGGUGCUGCCAUCCCCGGUACCGCUGAGCAGGCUACUGCCAUCAAGUCCAUUGCCAAGGCCGUUGGCUCCAAGUCCAUCUUCUUCUCCUACUCCGACGACACCUGGAAGAACCCCGGUGAGUUCAACGUUGAGCAGCACUGGGGUUGCUCUGGAGUCUUCUAA